AGGUGGACACACAGUCUGUUGUUAUUGAGUUUGAGGUUUGUAAAUGAGCCGUUCUUUAAAUUUCAGUCAAACAAAGUAUUCUCAGUCCAAUUGGAAUGCGUCGUCGUGUCUAAUGGUCGCUGACACUGACUGAACGAAAACCAACACACAUACCUAUAUGACGGCCAUGGAUUUGAACAUCGUACAACUUUGUGUGUCUUAUGCAGCUCAUCGUUCUCUUCUUAAUCUCACAAAAUCAAAAAGAGAAGAACUGAUCUCCUUGUUAGAGGAAUGUUUGGUGAUGGCUUUUUCCCUAAAUGAGCCCAAGAUAAUUGGUUCCAUUUAUUAUGCACUUGGUAAUUUAUUUGAUCUCGUCCAUAAGUCAGCUAAGGCAAUCGAUAAUUUCCAAAAUGUUCUAAGCCUUAUUACUGGUAGAGGCCAUCAUGCUCUAGAGAUGAAAGCUAACAACCGUUUAGGGUCAAUUUAUCACUCAGUGGGAGAAUAUCACAAGGCGAUUGAAUAUCAAGAAAAGAGUCUGAGCAUAGCUCAAGAGAUUGGUGACAGAUGGGGAGAAGGAGCUGCUUAUCUAAAUUUAGGGAAUGCCUAUAUUGAAUUAGGAAAAUAUCACAAGGCGACGGAAUAUCAGGAAAAGAGUCUGAGCAUAGCUAAAGAGAUUGGAGAAAGACAAGCAGAAGGAGCUACUUAUGGAAAUUUAGGGACUACCUAUUGUGCAUUAGGAGAAUAUCACAAGGCGAUAGAAUAUCAUGAAAAGAAUAUGAGCAUAGCUAAAGAGAUUGGUGACAGACAAGGAGAAGGAUAUGCUUAUGGAAAUUUAGGGACUGCCUAUCAAUCAUUAGGAGAAUAUCACAAGGCGAUUGAAUACCACGAAAAGAGACUGAUCAUAACUGAAAAGAUUGGUGACAAACAGGGAGAAGGAGCUACUUAUGGAAAUUUAGGAAUUAACUAUAAAUCAUUAGGAGAAUAUUACAAGGCGAUUGAAUAUCACGAAAAGAGACUGAUCAUAGCUAAAAAGAUUGGUGACAGACAGGGAGAAGGAGCUACUUAUGGAAAUUUAGGGGUUACCUAUAAAUCAUUAGGAGAAUAUCACAAGGCGAUUCAAUAUCAAGAAAAGAGACUGAGCAUAGUUAAAGAGAUUUCCGACAGACAGGGAGAAGGAGAGACUUAUGGAAAUUUAGGGGUUGCCUAUUAUUGUUUAGGACAAUAUCACAAUGCGAUAGAAUAUACCGAAAAGAGACUCAUCAUAGCUAAAGAGAUCGGAGACAGACAGGGAGAAGGAGCUACUUAUGGAAAUUUAGGGAUAGCCUAUCAAUCAUUAGGAGAAUAUCGCAAGGCGAUUGAAUAUCACGAAAAGAGACUGAUCAUAGCUACAGAGAUCGGCGACAGACAAGGAGAAGGAAAUACUUAUAGAAAUUUAGGUGUUGUCUAUCAAUGCUUAGGAGAAUACCACAAGGCGAUUAGAUAUCAGGAAAGAUGUCUAAGUAUAGCUAAAGAGAUUGGUGACAGAGUAGGACAAGCAGCGUCCCAUAAUAAUAUAGGUCUUGCAUAUCAGGAAGAAUCGAGCGUAAAAGACCUCAGCAAAUCAAGAGAACACCUGGAGAAGAGCAUACAAUGCUACGAGAAAUUGUUUGAUGAUUUAAAAGACAAUGACCAAUUCAAGGUUUCAUUUGUCGAUACAUUUAUCAUAGCCUACAAGUUCCUCAGCCAAGUCUACAUCAAAAAGAGACAAAGCGAAGAAGCUCUCUUAGUAUGUGAACAUGGGCGAGCACGUGCUUUGAAAGAUCUCUUGUUCCUUAAAUACCACACAACUGAGAAAACAGAAUCAAAAGAAGUCGUGGAACUUGCAGAUGUCAAGACAAUUUGCUCUCAUCGAAACGUCUCCAUUCUUUUUUACAAUCUUCAUUUUAACAAGGUAACUUAUCAUAGCUGGGUCAUAUCAUCCCGAAAUCCAUCUACCUUCUUUUACGAUGAAUUAGACAACCGCGAAGCUUUGGCAACAAUAAUGUCGAGACUAUCUGAAGAUGAGAGAAAAAAUGCUGAAGCUGGAUCAUAUUUUCAAUAUCUCGUUGACAACUGUUUCCAGCAGCUGAAUGUUAGAGAAGGAAAAGGAAUGAAAUGCGAAGACAGAUCGAUGAACAUACUAGAGCAUGAACACCUUGAGUCUGCAACCUCUACAAACUCUUUACAGCUCAUUGAAAAUGCUCUAAAAGUUUUUCAGAAAGCUGACAGAUGCAUUCCCGACGAAACGUUUAAAGGCGACAGAAACGCUCUCAACGAAGAAGACGACGAUGUUGUCAAUUAUCUCGAUGUCCUCUUCCAUAGACUAGUUUCCCCAGUACUGGACCAGCUGAUCCACGACGAGCUGAUCAUCAUCCCUGACGGUCAUCUUUUCAUGGUGCCAUUUGCUGCUCUUCAAGACCCAGAGACUGGCAAAUAUUUGUCGGAAACUAAAUGCAUUCGCCUGGCACCCUCCCUGACGACGCUGAAAAUUCUGCAAGAAUCCUCAAAUGACAAGCAUGGCGAGGUAUGUACAAACAACGUAUUCGUCCAUUAUUUUUGCAGUAAUUGUUCUUAUCGAGGACAUACAAGACUUUGUUAAAUACUUCAUGCUUUUAUUUUUUUGUUGACUUCAACGUAUCUUAGCGAUUGAAAAGGUUUGUGAAUAGAGUGGUUUUCAUUAACCCGUGAAACACACUUAAGCGUAUUUAUCGCUAUUACACUU